AACCAAGUCUCUACGGAUCAUGGCAGGAAAGACAAAGGGCCAUGCUGCCCGUCCGAAACUUCUCUUCGGUCUGAAGCACUCUCAGCAUCGAACGGCCAAGAUGCAACAUAUCCUCAACUAUUAUCAAAAGCGAGUUGGUGUCAGGGCAACAAAGAAGAAACUUCUAACUCUUCUUGGCGCACUACAAAAGGAGGUUUCAUCCGAAGAAGCUGCAGGUAUUCAAGAAUGGCUUCAGUCGAACAGCGACUCCGCAACCGCUUUGAAGUUCAUCCUUGAUGACAUCACAGACGUGGAUACUGCGAAGACGAAGGGCAAGGCUAAGGUCAAAUCGAAGGCUAAAGCCAAAUUUGAGGUCGAGCGAGAACCAAGCCCUCCAAGACAUGCGCUGAGAGAAUGCUCUGUCUGUUUUGAGGAACUUCCCGAAGCCAGCUUCCCCGAGCAGAAACUUACUUCGACAUGCAAUCAUGAGCCUACAACUUGCCGAACUUGUCUCGCAACAGCCGUCACAACUCAGAUCGCCGAUGCUGCUUGGGACCAGAUCUCAUGUCCAGAAUGUCCAGAAACGCUGCCUUACGACGUAAAGUCACUGCUAGCUGCCUUUCGAACUAUCCCCGGAUUUACCAUGUGCCUUGGUCCAGGAUGCGGCUCGGGACAAAUACAUGGGGGUGGAGACGAGGAGCCUAUAAUGACUUGCAAGACCUGCGAAUUCAAAACAUGCUUUGCGCAUAAGAUGCCAUGGCAUACAGGUCAGACAUGUGCUCAGUAUGAUGCUGCGAGAAGAGAGAGAAUGGAACAAGAAUCUGCUUCUGACGCGUUGAUUGCCCAGAUCGCCAAAGCAUGCCCAAAUCCUGAAUGCGGCCAUGCCAUUGAAAAGAACCACGGUUGUGACCAUAUGACCUGCAUACAAUGCAACUAUCAGUUCUGCUGGAUAUGUUUUGCGCCAUGGUUGAACAUCAUGCGACACGGCAACCAUCGUCAUGACCCAGCAUGCAAGUACCACACAGUCAAC